UUGCCACUCAAGGCCAGUUUGUUUUUUUCAAGUUGUGCAACUUGAUGCAAGUGAUUUUCACAUUGCACAACCAUGGCAGAGCAGGGUGGACGUCGAGAUUUGGACAAGCUUGUCAAGGAUGGCCUCAGUGCUCUUGUGUUUGGGGUUGGUUACAAAGUCGGAAUUAUUGAACACUUCAUUAAAAUCAAACAACCGUGCACUGCACAGGAGCUUGCUGAAAAAACUGGAAUGAAAGAAAGGUACAUUCAGGAAUGGCUGAACAGUAUGGUGGCCUCAGGAAUCGUGAAGUCACACGCAGACGACAGAUUCUCCCUGCCCUAUUCGGACUCUGAGCUAAAGACACAUGGGCAUGGCGCCACAGUCCUUCCUAUUCUGAGCGCCAUGUUACCAAAACUGGAGGCAGUUCUCCCAAAUAAUGGACCAAGAGGUUAUGGCUACCACGGCCCUUUCUUAGAGUGGUGGGGCGGAUACCACAAACCAGAGGACAUUCAGAUCUGGAUCAACGAACUACUUUUACCGGUGUUUGACCUUAAACCAAGUUCCGACUUCAAGCUGCUCGACCUUGGCUGUGGAUACGGGAGGUACACACUUAUGAUCGCCAAGCGUUUUCCAAACAGCACCGUGUAUGGCAUUGACCCGGACAGGAAAUCCAUCGACGAAGCCAACAUGCAACUGCAAAAGGAAGCACUGAGCAAUGUCAACUUCCUGUGUGUGCCGGGAGAACAGCUUCCCCAAGACUGGACGGAAAAUUUCGAUUUUGUAAUUUUAAACGACGUCCUUCAUGACGCAUAUGCGGUAGACGGAAUUUUGACGGAAGUCCGUCGUGUUUUGAAAUCCGACGGAUUCGGAGCGGCCUACGAUCCGCCGGUUUCAUCGUACUCCGCCAAGCUGACCGAUACUGACAUUGCCCAGCUGUACCUGCCCCUGAGCUUGUUUUCCUGUCUUCCCAUGAGCCUCUCUGGUCCUUACGGCGAGGGAUACGGCGUGGGCUGGGGCUACGAAAAGCGGAGGGAGAAGAUCGAAAAACAUGGCUUCCGUCUGGUCAAAGUCGGAGACAUGGAUAUCGAUGUGGUCCAAGAAAGAAUUGUCUUCCAAAAAUGAUUCAAGCUGGUUUAUGUUUAAAUAAUAAAACUUAAUUUUUCACUGCUUAUGAAUGCAAUAAAAAAAAGUUAUAGUAUGAGUCGUAUUUUAAAACAAGAAUAGGUUACGAAAACAUAUUGGUUAUUUAAAUCUUAAAACAAUAUUUUGGAAAUUGUGGGUUCUAAUCCUGCAUUCUACAAUUGUAAAAUUAUCGCAGCAAUUAUAAUCAAUUUAUUAAGAACGCCAUGGAAUAGCAUCAUAUGAAAAAGCAUACAUGCGUUAAUAUUUAUUUAUUUAAAAAAUUGCGAAAUUUUCUAGAAACUUCUUUUUUAUAUAUCUAGUCAUGCUGACAAAAUUUGGGUCUGGUUGAUCAUCGCAAAUUGCAGUUAAACACGGCAUUUUACCUUUUAAAAUACCCAGUGUCAAACUCUGCCAUCUGUGUCAAUUCAUGAAUCAGUGUCAAAGAAGACUUUACCUGUAGUAAUUAAUAAAUCUGAAACUUUUAAUAUUCAUAUAUAAUCUGAUCUUGAAAUGUCGAUAUCAAAGCACUUGCCCUGUAAACAUUUCUUCCACGGGCAGAGGUAGAUCAACUUCUUCUAAAUACUGCAUGAAAAUCAUAUUAAUUAUAUCAUAUACAAUGUUCACGCAAUUUAUUUACUAUA